AUGCCACAGACGACAGAGCCCGGCGAUGCUCCCUUGAAAACCACUCUGGAACGCGUACCAGCACCCAUCCGCGAAAGCAGCACCGGCAGCGAAGUGAUUCAUGGAGUCGUACCUCCAUCUGGGGCUAAACCAUCUGCCUUGCUGAGAUUCCCUCCAGCAGAAGAGUCAGAUGAUUUGGACGAAGAGGACACCAGACGAUCUGAAUUGAAGCGUUGGGAAGGCUUCUUAGACAAGUCCGGACAUUCCAUGCUAGAGGGUGUAACCAAAAGAUUCACCAAGCACAAGCCAUCGCACCCUAAGCACCAAGAAGAAGUUGUAACACUUAGCAAGACAAAAUAUGGAGUUCCAGAUACCAAAGAUCAGCUUGCGAAUAAUUCAUCCCUCGAUAAUGGACUUGACCAUGAGGGCCGCUCCGGGAAGCAGUCAUGGAAGAAAACAGUGCCGACUAAAGAGCCCAGAUUGGCAACUCUUGACAAAGUAGCGGGCUCUAAUUUGGAGGCUUCUUCUCUCACAUCCGCAGAGAAAGCGGGCCCCCGGAAAGGGCGACGUCAAAACUCUAUCAAGAUGGGCCUUCCUGUUAAGCGCACUCCAGGCGUCGAUAAACUAUCUGAGUAUAAGAAGUGGCUCGAAACAGUCCCGAACAAUAUCAAUCAGAUGGAAUAUGGAGAGGGAGAGGAAGUUACGAUCGAAACCGCUACAGCUAUGACCAUAACAAGAUACCCAAGAUCGGCAUUGAAGAUAAUCGAGAUUAAAAAGCGCCCUGUACCAAAAUCUGCGGAUAUCCAACCAACACAGACUGAGCUCAAAAAUGAACAAGGAGCAGCUCGUGGAAACAUCUCAACCGAGUUCGAUGCCUUGAAGCCAAUUCCUGGCGGGAUUCCGGGUUCUAAGCCUGAGCUACCAGAGAAAGAUCAAAAGCAUGAGGGCCUGCCCAAAUCUACCGUUGUGCUGGAUAAUCCAUACAAGGAUGAGGAUAAACUAGGUCCCCACUUGCGAGAGGAGAGCAAAGAGCCUGGCGACAGAAACAUUGGCCAAGGACAGAGCGCAAAAGGCCUGAGCGGCAAACAUCGCAACUUUACUGCUAGAAGUUUGCAACAGGGUGUAACACAGACUCUUGAUCCAAGGUUCGUGGCUGGCGGUUUUGAUGCAGAUGAUUUGGACGACUUCGGAGAGUUGAGUGAUGCUACAAGUUCGGACCUGUGCGACACGGAUGAGAACGCGGAAUUGCUUUAA